GCGAGCAAUGCUACGAAGAUAUCUGUGAUCGAAAUCCAGUAACCCCUUCAUGUUUUCUGCUUUUAAAGGCCAUGUGUCACAGCCGAACAACAGAGUGGAACGAACUGCAGUGGAGUAUACUCGUCCUUUGAUUCAUAGCUGGAUAUCUCGCCAGUUGGCACCAUAGGUGACUCAAGUUGGAAAUGCCAUACGAGCCUCCUGUUUACCAGCUGAGAUUUUGUCAGGAACCAAUCCAUUCGGGCUGAUUCAAAUUCCCAAUUUCAAUCGAUUGGAAAACUUUUGAGUGUCAUAAAAUAUACCGUAAAGCAAUAAAGGCCUCAAAUUCUUGUUUUGAAUAUCUCUGUAAGAAACGGUACACCUAGAUGGUCGACUCUCAGCCAGUAGCUUCGAAAGUUGCAGCUGACGAUUCAUCGCCAUUAAAACUACAGAUUAAUCACUGGUUUGCUGUUUCAUCAUGGAAGUGGUGUACCAACGAUGAUGACUGUGGUAUCUGUCGGAACGCAUUUGAAGCAUGUUGUGCUGAUUGCCUGCUACCAGGCGAUGAUUGUCCAUUAGUUUGGGGACAGUGUAACCAUUGCUUCCAUAUGCAUUGUAUUAUCAAGUGGUUAAAUAGUCAGCAAUCAACUCAACAUUGUCCUCUCUGUAGACAAGAGUGGCGAUUUAGAGAAUAGAUUUUAAUUUCAUUAUUUUCG